GCGGGGGCCAGAGCGGAGCCGGAGCCGGAGCGGGAGCGGGAGCCGGAGCCGCGGGCCGGGGUGUCCGGGCGCCCGCGGGAGCUCGCAACGCGCCGGGGCUUGGACCGGCCUGGCCGAGCGCGCCGGCGCCGCGACCGCAGACAAAGGCGCCGCUCGCGCCCGGGCCGCCGCGCUCUCGGGCUGUGCUUUGGAAUGUCCCAUGAGAGGGAGCUCACGGUUUCGUUAGGAGUCAGCCGUCCCUUGGGAGGAGAGCCCCAACUUACCUGCAGACUUUCUUCUUUUGGCCUGAAACUGUCUUUUCUGAUAUAUAUGAAAGGAGACAUGGUCUGAAAGAUGCCGCGUUCCUGCAGCCUGUCCGAGUCCAGCAGCACAGUCUUGUGCAAGGUGGCGUGGAGGAAGGGGUGACCAAGGACGCAGCCCCGUCGGAGGCCUCUGGAGGAUCCUGGCGUGGCAGUUGAGUGCCCCUCGGCUUUGGGACUUCCUGGGUAACUUGGUGUAGAGCUCGAGAAAGGUGGUUGGGUUUCUCGGCUUUCUUCACCAGUGCCCACCAGCCUGGUUUGGGUCGCAGCAUCUAAGGGGAGCUGCUAGAAAGGGGAGCCGGCAGAAGUAGAAAGAAGCCCCUGGAGGCCUCCAGAAUCCAUUGCUGGGAUCCCUUCAUCCUGCUUGGGACGCAGAGAAGAGCUACCAGGCUGCUGGACGCUGUGAUAAAACUGAGCUUUGGGCCAUCAGAAGUCCAGGAGCUCAGCCCAGCCACAGCUCUGCAUUUCAGCCGGAAGGAACGUCUUUUAACACAAGAUUCAAAGAGGAGAGUUUCUGGAUCUUUUACCUUGAGGCUCAUUAUGGUAGGAAACAUCACAUUCACAUAGAUCAUGAGACUGGUUUUUCUCUCCAAGAUGCUACAUUUGAAGAAAGCAUGAGCCAUUCUAAAUUUCAGGGAGAGUUCAGAGUACCGAGGAGUUGGUGGACAGCCCUUCUGACACGGGUCAAGAAAACAGUCUGAGCCUUCGCCUUCCGCAGCUCAGCAAGCAUGGACAGAUGCCACUCCUAUCUCCAGAGGGCUGGUGGCAGUGACCUCAACACGAGAAAAAGCAACCCUCAGCUCUGGGACUCGACAGAAUGAGGUGUGCUGGGAAAGCUGCUCCCCGGGGCUUGGCCAACGUUGACCGCCCCUCCAUCGCCCAGGCGGACCCUGACCACUGAGCCGACGAUGGCUGAGAAGGGGGACUGCAUUGCCAGUGUCUAUGGGUAUGACCUUGGUGGACGCUUUGUUGACUUCCAGCCCCUGGGCUUUGGCGUCAACGGGCUGGUGCUGUCGGCCGUGGACAGCAGGGCCUGCCGGAAGGUGGCGGUCAAGAAGAUCGUCCUGAGUGACGCCCGAAGCAUGAAGCACGCCCUCCGGGAGAUCAAGAUCAUCCGCCGCCUGGACCACGACAACAUCGUGAAGGUGUACGAGGUGCUGGGGCCCAAGGGCACUGACCUGCAGGGCGAGCUGUUCAAGUUCAGCGUGGCCUACAUCGUCCAGGAGCACAUGGAGACGGACCUGGCGCGCCUGCUGGAGCAGGGCACGCUGACGGAGGAGCACGCGAAGCUGUUCAUGUACCAGCUGCUCCGAGGGCUCAAGUACAUCCACUCGGCCAACGUGCUGCACAGGGACCUGAAGCCUGCCAACAUCUUCAUCAGCACGGAGGACCUCGUGCUCAAGAUCGGGGACUUCGGGUUGGCGAGGAUCGUUGACCAGCAUUAUUCACACAAGGGUUACCUGUCGGAAGGGUUGGUGACUAAGUGGUACCGCUCGCCGCGCCUGCUCCUCUCCCCUAACAACUACACCAAAGCCAUUGACAUGUGGGCCGCCGGCUGCAUCCUGGCAGAGAUGCUCACGGGGAGAAUGCUCUUUGCUGGGGCUCACGAGCUGGAGCAGAUGCAGCUCAUCCUAGAGACCAUCCCCGUGAUCCGGGAGGAGGACAAGGACGAGCUGCUCAGGGUGAUGCCCUCGCUCGUCAGCAGCAGCUGGGAGGUGAAGAGGCCGCUGCGCAAACUGCUCCCCGAAGUGAACAGCGAAGCCAUUGACUUUCUGGAGAAGAUCCUGACCUUUAACCCCAUGGAUCGUCUAACAGCAGAGAUGGGGCUGCAGCACCCCUACAUGAGCCCGUACUCGUGCCCGGAGGACGAGCCCACCUCGCAGCACCCCUUCCGCAUUGAAGAUGAGAUUGAUGACAUCCUGCUGAUGGCUGCCAACCAGAGCCAGCUCUCCAACUGGGACAGGUACCCUGUGAGCCUGUCCUCGGACCUGGAGUGGAGGCCGGACCGGUGCCAGGACGCAAGCGAGGUACAGCGCGACCCGCGCGCGGGCUCGGCGCCGCUGGCCGAGGACGUGCAGGUGGACCCACGCAAGGACUCGCAGAGCAGCUCGGAGCGCUUCCUGGAGCGCUCGCACUCGUCCAUGGAACGCGCCUUCGAGUCCGACUACGGGCGCUCCUGCGACUAUAAGGUGGGCUCGCCUUCCUACCUGGACAAGCUGCUGUGGCGCGACAGCAAGCCGCACCACUACUCUGAGCCCAAGCUCAUUCUGGACCUGUCGCACUGGAAGCAGGCGGCCGGGGCGCCCCCGAGCACCACGGUGGCCGCGGACGCUGGGCCACGCGAGGACGAGCCGACCAACCUCUUCCUGGAGAUCGCGCAGUGGGUCAAGAGCACGCAAGGUGCCCCGGAGCGCGCCAGCCCGCCCCCCGACAGCCCUGAGCGCCGCCUGUCUGCCUCUCCGCCCGGCCGCCCGGCCCCCAUCGACGGGGGCGCCAGCCCCCAGUUCGACCUGGACGUGUUUAUCUCCCGCGCCCUGAAGCUCUGCAGCAAGCCCGAGGACCUGCCGGACAAUAAACUGGGUGACCUCAACGGCGCGUGCCUCCCUGAGCACCCCGGGGAUCUCGUGCAGACCGAGGCCUUCUCCAAAGAAAGGUGGUGAGGGAAAGGGGGAGCUCCAGGCACCCCCGAGCGGAGGCCACCCGGGAAAGCCCGGCCUGGCAAGAAGGGGCUGGCCCUCCUCCCCCGCAUCUCGACUGCGCGCCCUUGCACCCCUCUCUGCUGCCUUGGGGUUAGCAAAACACAGGAAGGAUCCGAGGAGGGAGAGGAAUGUCCAUUUCUUAAACUGCCUUAAUAACUAGCCUUUAACCUCUGGGAGCAGGUUUGAACAGGAGCCUAGUUUGGGGGUUGAUCACUUUCCCAGCAAAGAGGGGGCCCUUGUUAGGUGGCGGUUUGCCGGGAAGCAGUGUGUCUUAGACAGCAGUCUGCAAGCCCGGCCGGGUGCAGAGGAAUCUUGCUGGCCGACGGUUGAAGCCAUCUGGCCAGUCUAGCCUCACGGACAGAGGAAGGACAGUGAGGCCGGGAGAAGCCAAGUGAAGUGCUUACCCCCGGGGGCAAGGCUGGGAGCCCGGUCUCCUAGGCUAGUGUCUGUCCACUCUAAACUGUCUUCCUCUGCUGGGGGCCCUAUGGCUUUCCAAUCAAAAACCUUGGUCCAAGGUGUUUCUUCCCUGCCCAUCACCAUCUGCCCUAUCCCAUCUUUUAUUCAGAGCAAUGUUGCUUUAUAUUCCAAAAUGGGAAACUGAGCCAGUUUCACCCUACAGACCAACCAGAUAUUAUCUGGUUCCUCAAGUACUUCCGUAGCCCACCUGCCACACCCCCGUUAGCUUCAUCCCUGUGUGGUCUGAAAACCUUGGCUCAGAUCAGACCAGUGUGGGAUCUGUGGGUCCAAGAGCUCAUCUUCCAGACCUGGGCACACACCUCCUCCAGAACUCCCUAUGCACUUUCCUGACACAUGCACGGAUGCAAGGCCACGGCCCCAGCUCCCCAGGGAGUGUCAUACACAGGUGAGUUUGAAGACAGCAGUCCCAGUAACGCCUGCAGCCCAACACCCAGUCCCAUACAUGGAACCCACACGCAGACACGUACAGAGCUCCUCUCCCAGCCUACCUUGGGAACUAAUGUUCUUGGCACAGAUUGCGCCUUUGGAGUAAACAAGGCCAUGAGGUGCCCGCCAUAGAGCAAAUGUGUUAGGAGAGAAGAUUUCACACGGGACCAAUCGUGCUUCAUGAAUACUGACCUUGAUUUUGAUCAUCCAUUUAGCCCUGGCAGAGAGUGGUCCCUAAAGAAAUGCAUGGAAAGCAAGUGGCCUUGGGAGCAAGGUGGGAAGAUGGGAAAGGCCGGGUGCCAGCAGGAAAAGUCCUCAGGGGUCAGGCACCAGCAUAGAGACCCCAGGACACAGGAAGGGCUUCCAAGCAGCCAUGCCCCUCGUAGCUUCAGGCUGAGUUUGGGGCGUGCACCAGAGGUAUCCUCGCAUUCAGAGCCUGUGGUGAUGGUAUGGGGCACAGCAAGCCCUCUGCGGAAGCAGAGUCCAUUCCCCGAAAUGCUCUGCCAUUCCCGCCACUGGUAUUCUGCCCCGCCCAGCACCCCCAGAGAUACCCACGGGAGGUCUAGCCAGUUUGCAAACAGAGGACUCCCCAGUGUUGGCCUUGGGCUGUGUUCACCCUCACCUUGACAGCACCUUAAACCUAUCAGCUAACUAAGAGUUGUACAUUGAAACCUGCAACACAUUAGAAACUUAUAUUUAAAAACAAAAUUAAUCACACUGACCAUAAUUUUUAAUGGAAAAUAUGUAAAUAUGAAGUGUUUGAGUUUCUUUCUUUUUCUUUUUCUUUUUUUUUUAAAAUAAGACAAGGAAAUACACACCGCUCCUCAUGUGCCACUUGUCCUCAGAGGGCGGCUUUACGUUUUUGGUAAAGGAACAAGCUGCUGACCCUGACCAGGAGUUCAUAUACAAUUGUUAUUAUAGAGGAAUUGUUAUAACUACUCAUGUUUCCAAAAGAUCUAUUAAACUCAUCAGGAUGGGCCAAAUAAAGUUUUAUUGGAA